CGUUUCCAAGCUCCAAUUCCCUUUCCCCCUCCCCACUCCUCCCUUAGCUUGCUUCUCCUCUUCCCAGUUCUUGCCUCCUUUUGCCUCAGCAGAACCGAGCAGUUCUGCUGCUCUGCUCUUCCCCUGUUUCGCUUGGGUUAGCAGAAGGAUCCCUCUGCUGGGGUGCGAGAAACCUUUGCAACUCUCCAUUUAUCAGGGGAAACUCUGCCCAAUUAUUCUCUUAAAACACGACUUUUUGGAGGCCGAAUACUAAAGAAAGACAUAUCAAAAUCUCGUUCUUUCUUUCUUUCUUUCUCUCUUUUUUUUUUCCUAAGCAGAGGUUUCACUCCCUCCUCCCCUCUUUCACAUGCAGCAUCUUUUCCUCUUGAUGUUUCUGAUUGAUGUCGCCUAUCCUAAGUGAAAUACUCCUUUCCGGGUUUAUGAUAAAUCCCACGUUCAGACGCCCGACCAUUCUCGUUCAAUCUUUCUCCGUUGUCUUCCUCUACUGGUUCUAUGUCUUUUCAUGGGGAGUUUCUUCCAACAUCUCAGCACUUGGACACUGUCCACUUCUUCAUCUAUAUAGUCUCCUAGUCUUAGUUUUUUUCCUCCAUAAAAAGGCAGGCUUUUUAUAUCUUUAUAAUUCAGAGAUAAUUACAUCAAGAAAGAUCUAGUACUAGUAAAAAUAAAACUCCUAAAUAUACUACUACUACUGCUUCUGCUACAAGUUUUGUGUGCUUGGUGUGAAGAACUAGUAUGGCUUCCUCCAAUGGUACCUCUUCUGGAUCAUCUGCUCUGUUUCCGGGUUCCGGCGAAGCGGUGAUGGACCGGAAAAGGCAGAAGAGGAUGCUGUCGAACCGGGAGUCGGCGCGGCGGUCCCGGAUCCGCAAGCAGAAGCACCUGGAUGAUCUGAAGGCCCAGGUGAGCCAGCUGAGGCAGGAGAACAGCGAAAUCGUCGCAGCCUGGAGCCUCGCCACCAAGCAAUACCUGGCUGUGGAGGCUGAGAACUCUGUGCUCAGGACUCGGAUGAUGGAGCUCAGCUCCAGGCUGCAGUCCCUCGAUGACAUCCUCCACUUGUUGAAUGGAGGCUUCAGCACCAGCCAUGGACAUCAGUUCACUGAUGGAUUCUGCAAUCCAUGGAACUCCAUGUGCAUGAACCCGCCUAUCAUGGCCUCAGCAGACUUGCCACAAUACAACUAGAUAAACAUGAGGCCUGGGCCUUUGAUGUUGGUUUCUUGGGGCUGGUGUUUGGAAAAAUAUGAACUCUUGCUUGUGGUUGGGUGGAAGAAGGAUAGGAUAUUUUUAGCUUCUGGAGCAUUAUUAUGAGCCCAGAGAGCUAUAAAACUCUUUAAAGUUUUGUUGUAGAUGGAAGUGCUUGUAGACAGGGAGUUUGAUUUCUAGGUCCCAGUAUGCAUGUGGCUUAUGACUUUUUAUGCAGUCACUACUGUAUAUUUUUGUGGUUUUUUUAUUUACAAUAGUAUAAUAGCUUAUGUUAUUGGAGCA